AUGUAUGUUCGUCAGACCAUCUUAAAACUUCUUAAAUUCCUCAUUAUUAUCUGCUAUAAUAGUGCACUUGUUUCAAAAGUACAAUUCACAGUGGACUGUAAUGUUGAUAUACAAGACAUGACCGGCUAUAACAACUUUUCCUGUAACCACACAAUGGCACAUCUGUUCUCCAAGCUAUCUUUUUGUUACCUGUGCUUUGUUGGUGUGUAUGGUUUAACGUGCCUUUAUACACUUUACUGGUUAUUCUACCGAUCCUUAAGGGAAUACUCUUUUGAAUAUGUUCGUCAGGAGACUGGAAUUGAUGACAUACCGGAUGUCAAGAACGACUUUGCCUUUUUGUUUCAUAUGAUUGAUCAGUAUGACCCACUGUACUCAAAAAGAUUUGCUGUGUUCCUUUCAGAAGUGAGUGAAAACAAACUGAAGCAGUUAAACUUGAAUAAUGAAUGGACAGCAGAUAAGUUGAGGCAGAGGUUACAAACAAAUGCCUCCAACCGUUUGGAGCUACAACUGUUUAUGCUUUCUGGUCUUCCCGAUACUGUAUUUGAGGUUACAGAGCUACAGUCUUUAAAGCUGGAAAUUCUUAAUAACGUCAUGAUACCAGCAACAAUUGCUCAGCUUGAUAAUCUCCAAGAAUUGACAUUGUAUCAGUGCUCCAUCAAAAUUCACACAGCAGCACUGGCAUUUCUGAAAGAAAACCUAAAGAUACUAAGAGUAAAGUUUGACGAUGUUCAACAACUUCCACCUUGGAUGUACAGCUUAAGGAAUCUAGAGGAACUCUAUCUCAUUGGUUCUUUAAGCCCUGAUCUGUCAAAAAACAUCAACCUUGAGUCUUUCCGUGAGCUUAAGAGUCUAAAAAUACUAUUUAUCAAAAGUAAUUUAUCUAAAAUUCCUCAAGGGGCUGUUGAUGUUGCUGGACAUCUUCAAAAAUUGUGUAUGCAUAAUGAUGGCACCAAGCUCGUGAUGCUGAACAAUUUGAAGAAGAUGGUAAAUUUGACUGAGCUGCAACUUAUACACUGUGACUUAGAGCGCAUACCUCAUGCUAUUUUCAGUCUGUUAUCACUCCAAGGACUGGAUCUGAAGGAAAAUAAUCUCAAGUCCAUUGAAGAAAUUCUCAGUUUUCAACACUUGCGCAAACUAACCACCUUAAAGCUUUGGCACAACAGUAUUACUUACAUCCCAGAACACAUAAAAAAACUUUCCAGUUUGGAACAGCUAUACUUCAACAAUAACAAAAUUGAAGUUCUUCCUUCUCACUUGUUCUUGUGUCACAAACUCCGACACUUAGAAUUGUGUUAUAACGACAUCAGGUUCAUUCCCCCUGAGAUUGGGGUUCUCCAAAGCUUGCAGUUUUUUUUCGAUAUCUUGCAACAAAGUAGAAAGCGUUCCAGAUGA